AAGAGAGCAUAGAUAGAGAUGAGUACUCCAGAACCUCCCACAGGGGUCCAAGUUGGUUGGGGCAUACUAGCUUGUUUCUGCGGCCUUAUUGGAUUAUGUGGUUAUUGCCUCACAUGUUGCUGCUGUUGUUGCUGCUGCGCUGACAAAGCUAAACUUAAAGCUGAGCUAGAGAAGGUUGAAGAACAGAUCGAGGCUGAAAAAUUGGCCAACGGUAAACAACAGGACGAGGCUAAUGAAGUGCCGAAGGAUGAUGAAGCGCCGAAGAUUAAUGAAAUUUCGAAGGGAACUGACGAAAGUCAUACAUAAUCAAAGGACGUGUGACAGGAAUUAUGUUGGCAUUUUUGCUUCUGAAAUUACAACUUCCCACGCAUUAAGACUUUUUCUUAUGUGUACUUUCCUUUAUAUUGAUGAUUGAUUCGAGAUUAAAUAAGUUUCUCAGGAGCAUUAAUUGAA